AUGCCUCCCAAGAAGUCUGCAAUUGCGGCCGCGGCCUCCAAGACUGGCAAGAAGAAGAAGUGGUCGAAGGGUAAGGUCAAGGACAAGGCCCAGAACGCCGUUGCCCUUGACAAGCCUCUGUACGAGCGUGUGCUGAAGGAGGUGCCCACCUUCAAGAUGAUCACUCCCUCGAUUCUCAUUGACCGCCUGAAGAUCAACGGUUCGCUGGCCCGCGUGGCCAUCCGCCACUUUGAGCGCGAGGGCCAGAUCAAGCCUCUGAUCCACCACAACGGUCAGCUGCUGUACACCCGCACUGGCAGUGACUAA